CAUUACAAAAAAAUCGUAAAUUUAAUUCACAACAGAUAGAGGGUGCCGUCAGCAUAUACACAAAGAAUGACGAAAAUGUUAAAGACAAAAAACCUGUCGUAAACCCUAAUAAAACCAAACCUGUACAGACUUCAACAAAUAAGAAAAAAUCUGCGCCGUUUUCCUCAUAUAAACCACCUUUAGUGAAAGAAUCAAAAGUUGCCAUAAGGUUGACAACCACAGCCACUAUAUCAGUAUCAAUUUCUGCUGCAUCUACACCAGAUCGAACACAGUCAACUUCUAAAUAUGCGUCUUCAAGCGCACGUAUCUUUG